CGACAUCGUUGAGGUGCCGCCAACAGAAUCUAAGGAAUACGCGCGCUAAAGCGCGUUCAAAAACACAAAACACUCUAAAAUAGAAAAAAAUCGAAUCUUGAAAUCUUGAAUGCAUUUGUCUGUACACCAUCCAUAUUUACAGAGAGUGAGAGGGACACUCAAGCAGAUCUACUCCGAAAAUCUACUUCCCACAAUCCCACCGACAAACCAUUUCCGCACUACAUGUUUAGCACUGUCUAUAACUAGAGCCCACAUUGGUGUAAUAUUGCAUUACCACUGCUUAUUUGCUAUUAAGGUUCUUGAUUGAGAGUGUACCUUUUCUUCAAGUGUAAUUAUGGGCUUAAACUAGUAUAAAAGAGGCUACUUUCUGCAUCACUGAAACAAGGGAUCCAAAAGGCUUGCUUCAUCGUGUUUAUGAGCUUGCAGAGAGCUGAAGCUUCUCCAGAAGGCAGAUUCAACGUUGCCACGUAGUUAGGAUUCGAAGAAGUCAUCAUGUUGAGGAACCAGAAAAGCAAAGGCUUCAAGGUGAAGCAUGCUCUUCAGAUAUGUGUACUGGUAGGCGUUUGCAUUUGGCUGCUUUACCAAGUCCAGCACUCCCGCGAUAAGAAAGCAGCCUUAGAAACAACGAGGCUCUCUGAGGAGGUCGAGAGUGGGAAUAGCUUCCUCAAGUUGGGGCGUAAGGACCUGGAACCUCAAAUGGAGGAGGAAAGUAAUGAAGAUGUGAAGAACGAGGAGCCAGACGAAGAGGAGAGCAAGAGUUUUGGUGAUGAGAGUAAUUCUACCGAGCUUGAGCAAGGAGGUGAUGGAGGAGGGAAAGAGAUGGAAGAAAACAGCAAUGAAGGAGAUGCAAAAGCAGAAGAUAAUUCGGAGGUGGAGAGCCAGGAGAAUGGUGAAGUUGCUAAAGAUGGUAGUAUGGAGGAGAAGGAAACUUCAGAGGAGAACAGGCAAGAUGGCGAUAGAGAAGAGCAAAGUGGAAGCGAGGGUGAGAGGAACACAGAACAAGAAGACGGAGAGAAAGAGAGGGCUGAAAACGAUAUCCAAGAAGUGACUCAGGAGAAUAAUGAGAUUGGAAAUGAAGAUGGGACUGUGAAAGAGGCUAAAGAGGAAAACGGUAGUGAAGAAGAAAAUUCGGGAAGCAAAGAUGAGAAUGCAAGUGAGGAGACAAACGAAAACGGAGGUGAAGAGAAGGAAGUUCAUGUUGAGGAAAAUAAUGAAAGCCAUGCCGGGGAGAGUGAAGAAACGAAAAAUGGAGAUGUCGAAGAAAAAAAUGAGGUCAACAAAGAAGGCGAAGCAGAAAAUGUAGAGAGUGCAUCAGAUAAUGUGGUUCAGGCCUCCCAAAAUGAAAGCGAAACUGAAAAAGGUAAUGAGGAAAAAAACGAACCCGAGGAGAAUAGAAGCCAGAACGAGUCAGGCUCAGAUUCCACAGAAGGAAACACCAAUGCAGAAAAUAACACUGAAGCCACUGGAAAUACUUCCAAUUCAGACGACAAUUCCAACUCUACAGAACCAAAAACAGAAACCAAUGAACAGCAGCAAGAGAAUGAUAACUCUACCCAAGCUGAAAAUGGAUCUGUCCAUUCAGAGGGUAAUCAACAGCAGCAAGAACACGAUAACUCAAUUCAAGAAGUCGUUCCUGGCGGGGAUAGCUCAGAAACCUCUCCACAACAAACUGAGAAAAACACCAAUGCUUCCACUAAAGAAAACUCCGAUUCAGAUUCAGAUUCAACUACUUCAGCUGAAAGUGACGACACAGGCUCAACUGUGGGGAAAGAGAGUGGCGAGGCCUCAUCAACCGAGCAGUCAGACCCAAAUUCUGGUUCUGAAGAAUCAGUUAAACCCUCAAAUGACGACGAAAACAAAACAGAUUCUUCAAGCUCCCAAAACGAAGAUUCAGCCCAAAACUCCACUCAAGAUGAUGUACAACACAACCAAGAUGAAUCAUCCAAUUCAAUUCCUCGAGAAGAGAAAGAUGCCCGUACAGACGUUGAGACAUUGCCAGAGACAGGAAGCGAAGGAAACAACGAAGAAGAUGCAGCGGCCAAGGAGUAAAAGAUGAAGUUUAUUCACUUGAAGGCUGUAGUUGUAAGUCCUGUAUUCUUUUCCUCACCCCUUACUCUAAAAUGGUAAAUACAAUAUAUGCUGCUUGCUAGGCAGUGUCAAGCCACAUUGUAUAAUUAUUAUAGCUUAUAACAUUGCACAAAAGAACUAAGUUACACUUUUGAUGUCUUUGAAUUCUUUGUAUGAAGCUCUUAUUAUCCGUUUCGUUUUGUUA